GAAAUGUGUAGGUCGUCAGGUUGCGGAAGACUUCAGCACCCACGACGCACGCGUCAUGUCUAUUCAAUUUACUUCCUGUUAGCGAUCCCUAGUGUGUGGUGGUGUUGCAUUUGAUAAUUUAAUCAGUGUUUUUAGCUGUUAUCCUAGCUAUACCUCGUUUAUUCAUGCUUAGGUUGCUGUGCACUACUAUUUUGUGCGUAAUUCACGUUUUUACAUUGAUCAGCAAUGCGAAAGGACAAGAGUUUACAGAACUGGAGAUGGCACACUACAGGGAGAAAAUCAAGUCCAUGUUUUAUCAUGCAUACAACAGCUACUUGGAUCAUGCUUAUCCAUAUGACGAACUGCGGCCCCUGACCUGUGAUGGCCAGGAUACAUGGGGCAGUGUUUCACUGACUUUGAUAGAUGCCCUGGAUACAUUGCUGAUUCUGGGGAACCACACUGAGUUUCAGCGUGUGGCAACUCUGCUUCAGGACACUGUGGACUUUGACAUCGACGUCAAUGCAUCUGUUUUUGAGACUAACAUUCGAGUGGUGGGUGGUCUUCUCUCGGCCCACCUGCUGUCUAAGCGUGCUGGGAUGGAGGUGGAGCCUGGCUGGCCUUGUUCUGGACCCCUCCUCAGGAUGGCUGAGGAUGCAGCACGAAAACUCCUCCCUGCGUUCCAGACGCCCACAGGGAUGCCCUAUGGCACAGUGAACCUGCUUAGAGGGGUGAACCCUACAGAGACCCCUGUCACCUGUACUGCUGGGGUGGGCACCUUCAUCCUGGAGUUUUCAGCUCUUAGCCGGCUCACUGGGGACCCCGUAUUUGAGGAUGUGGCGCGCAAGGCCCUCCGGUCACUGUGGAAGACUCGCUCUGAGAUAGGACUGGUGGGGAACCACAUUGAUGUGCUCUCCAAGAAAUGGGUGGCCCAGGACGCAGGUAUAGGGGCCGGUGUGGACUCGUACUUUGAGUACCUGGUGAAGGGCUCUAUCAUGCUACAAGAUGAGGAACUGCUGUCAAUGUUCUUAGAGUAUGACAAGGCAAUUAAAAACUACACCAAGUUUGAUGACUGGUACCUGUGGGUCCAGAUGCACAAGGGAACGGUCUCUAUGCCUGUUUUCCAAUCACUGGAGGCCUUCUGGCCAGGGCUACAGAGUUUGAUCGGUGAGCUGGACAGUGCAUUGAGGACUUUCCAUAACUACUACACAGUGUGGAGACAAUUUGGAGGACUGCCGGAAUUCUACAGUAUUCCACAGGGGUACACUGUAGACAAGAGAGAAGGAUACCCUUUACGCCCAGAGUUGAUAGAGAGUGCCAUGUACCUGUACAAAGCCACUGGUGACCACACCUUUCUGCAGCUCGGUCGAGAUGCUGUGGAGUCCAUUGAGAAGAUUACACGGGUCCCCUGUGGCUAUGCCAGUGUGAAAGACAUCAGAGAUCACAAGCUGGACAACCGCAUGGAGUCCUUCUUCCUGGCAGAAACCAUCAAGUACCUCUACCUCCUGUUUGAUCCAGAUAACUUCCUUCACAACAGUGGCCUGGACUUUGAGCUGGGCACUGGCCCCAGUGAGGACUGUGUUUUGGGGGCAGGGGGUUACAUCUUCAACACAGAGGCCCACCCGCUGGACCCUGCUGCCCUUCACUGCUGCAGCCGCAAGCAGGACGAACGCAGAGAGCUGCAGGACAUCCUCCUUAACCUAUCAGAGCCCCUCCCCAGUCCACAGGAUACCCAAUCACAGGAGACAGACAGUGAGACCGAGCCACCUAUCAUGGAUCCUUCAGAAAGUAUAGCACUGAAGCCUGGGAGCAGGAGGAAAGCCCCUCUCCUCUCCUGCCCUAUGCAGCCCUUCAGCGCACGGCUGGCUGUCAUGGGUCAAGUCUUCACAGACGGCACAUGACAUGGACUUACAAAUGUUUUCACUUUUUGAAGAUUACACUUAAAGAUGGAAUCCAUCUCGCCUGUUUGCCCCACGGUCGUUUUUUGUUUUUGUCAACGAAGCAGAGAUGGGGAGCAAAUAUUCUAUGUAUGAUAGUAACAGGAUAUACAGAAAGUUUGAGCUACUAUUGUCAUUUUACCCAUAGACCAGUCAUUACACUAAUGCUAGUUAGCAUGGGCUCACGAAACUACCUCUAACUUCCUUCUUACUGGACACAGAAACAUAAAAAUGGUAUUGACGAGUUCAUCGGAAUCUGGGGAAGUGGAUAAAGGGCAUCAUUGCCAAAAUCCUGAAGUAUCCAGCUUUUAACUGAACACCGAAAAUUAAAGAUGAUUUACUGUGAUUUUCAUUCUACAAAAUGCUUUCUGAUUCAUGGCAUUGCCCUUGGUUUCUGAAAUACAUUGUAAUAUAGGCAUGUGGUUAGGAAAGGUAUGAAUAAAUAAUAGUAUGCAUUAAACAUUUUCAUACUCAA